CAUGGCUUCAUAUGCACCACCAUCUCCGGCAGCUUUUGGGACUCGUUUUAAGCCUAAAUUCCCAGUUUCAACCUUGAGGUCUGAGAGGAAUCCAAGCUUUUCAUGUGCUCUUCAAUCUCCUUCGAUUCUUCAUUUGCCUAAACAGUCGCCGGUUUACCCUCUGCCUCCUUCCGAGAGAGCUCAGUCGACCCAACAAUGGAACCCCUUCCAAAGAGUUGCGGCUAUGGCUUUAGACAUGGUGGAGAAUGCUUUGGUUUCCCAUGAGAGUCGGCGUCCUCUUCCUAAAACAGCUGAUCCCAAAGUUCAAAUCGCCGGUAACUUCUCUCCGGUCCCGGAGCAACCCGUCAAGCAUAGGCUUCCCAUCAUUGGGACAAUCCCGGAAUGCAUUCAAGGAGUCUACGUCCGGAACGGAGCCAACCCACUUCACGAGCCGGUCGCCGGACACCAUUUCUUCGAUGGGGAUGGCAUGGUUCAUGCGGUUCAGUUCAAUAAUGGGUCAGCUAGCUAUGCAUGUAGGUUCACUGAAACGAAUCGUCUGGUUCAAGAACGAGACUUGGGCCGUCCAGUUUUCCCCAAAGCCAUAGGUGAACUCCAUGGCCACUCCGGCAUAGCUAGGCUGUUACUUUUCUACGCUCGUGGACUGUUCGGGCUCAUUGAUCCGAGCCAUGGCACCGGUGUUUCAAACGCCGGUCUUGUUUACUUCAACAACCAUCUCCUUGCCAUGUCUGAGGAUGAUUUGCCUUACCAUGUCCAUAUAACACCAUCUGGGGACUUGGAAACUGUUGGGAGAUACAAUUUUGGUGGUCAGUUAAAUUCCACAAUGAUUGCUCACCCCAAGGUUGAUCCUCAGUCAGGCGAAUUCUUUGCUCUUAGCUACGAUGUUAUCCACAAGCCAUAUCUUAAGUACUUCCGAUUUUCAGCCGAUGGUAAGAAAUCACCCGAUGUUGAAAUCCCGAUGGCUGGUCCAACAAUGAUGCAUGAUUUCGCCAUCACCGAGAACUUCGUGGUGAUCCCCGACCAGCAAGUUGUGUUCAAAUUGCCUGAAAUGAUCCACGGUGGGUCGCCCGUCGUGUAUGAUAAGAACAAGGUGUCCAAAUUUGGAAUAUUAGAGAAGAAUACCAUUGAUGCUACUAGGAUUAGGUGGGUUGAAGCACCUGAUUGCUUUUGUUUCCACCUAUGGAAUGCAUGGGAGGAGCCGGAAAGUGAUGAAAUCGUGGUGAUUGGGUCAUGCAUGACACCCCCAGACUCCAUUUUCAAUGAAACUGAUGAGAGUCUCAAGAGCGUUCUCUCCGAAAUUAGACUCAACUUGAAGACCGGAAAGUCUACGCGCCGCCCCAUCAUUUCAGAAUCCGAGCAAGUAAACUUGGAGGCAGGGAUGGUCAACCGGAAUUUUCUGGGGAGAAAAACCCGGUUCGUCUAUUUAGCCCUCGCUGAACCAUGGCCUAAAGUGUCCGGGUUUGCCAAAGUUGACCUCUCAACAGGAGAGGUAAACGAGUACAUAUAUGGAGACCAAAGGUACGGUGGUGAACCUUUGUUCUUCCCUCUAAACCCUUCAGAAAACGAAGAUGACGGUUACAUUUUAGCUUUCGUUCACGAUGAAAAGACAUGGAAAUCGGAGCUGCAGAUCGUGAAUGCCAUGGAUUUAAAGCUAGAAGCCAGGGUUAAGCUCCCAUCUCGAGUUCCUUAUGGUUUCCAUGGAACAUUCAUAAGCUUAAAGGACUUGGAAAAUCAGGCCUAACUCAUCAUCAGGUUUUUUUAGAUGGUU